UGGAAAAGGACGAGUCGGCUGUCUGCAGCGAUGCGACGGUUCUUAAGAUCAAAUUCCGCUGCACCCACCAGCAUGUCAUCAUUCCGUAUGAGCUCGGAGCGCGGCAACAAACUGCUUUUCUAGGUGGUGGUGACUUGACCCGUCUCAUAGCUUUUCAUGUGCAUUUGUUUUCGCUGGCACACGAGAAUUUUAUCCUGAUAUUCUUUCCCUCCAACUCUUUCCUUCCCCUUCCUUCCUCUCACUCAUUUCACCCACCCGAAUGCCGUCUACUGCGACCACAGCCUCAGCCGCCAUUGGCGUGCCAGCGCUUUUACUGCUAUUGACUCAUAUUAAAUCACUGCCUUUAGCAUACACCUUUCGCUCAUGGUGGCUAUUGCGUACUGUCAUUAAGCGUGCCAAAGCCAACAAGCUAAAGCCUGAACCCCUUUUCACUGUCGUUUCCGAAGAACAUCGAUGCCUGUACGACGAUAUCGAUUACAACCAACACAUGAACAAUAGCAUGUACAACAAGAAUCUCGACUUUGGACGGAUCCAUAUCCUCUACACCGUCCUUCCACGUGUCAUGAUGGAGCCGCAUCAUCACUUGUUUUGUCACAACGCAGGCGUGAUGUGCGUGUUCAAAAAGGAGAUCCCACCUUUGAGCAACUACACUAUCCAGACACGCAUUUGGACGUGGAACGAAAAGUGGAUGUGGCUGCAGCACCGAUUCGUCCUGCCAAACGGCGAUAUUGCAUGCUAUGCUGUAAGCAAGCUGGUGUUCAAAAAGACAUCUGGAAAAACCGUGCCUCCGGCCCAAGUGUUUGAACUCUGCGGACAUGAUCUGGAGGCUGCGGGCAUUGAAGAGCGGCGCAAGAACAAUUGGGAGGCUGCAGGAAAGCUUCUCCAGAUGGAUGCGUUGUCCAAGGACUCGUAUAGUUGGACUGAGCAGGUCGCUUUGCCUGCUGCAAAGCUAUAGUACCCCGAUUCUCGGGUUGUGGUGGCUUUUAGAAGCAUCAUCACUAUCAUAUUUGUAAUAUAUAUAUAUCUUAAUGUCAUAAAAUGAUAUCGAUCUGUGUACUUUAUGUAUCACAAAG